UUCUGCAGUCACGGUUGUCAGGCUGUGACAUCUUGCAUUAUUUCUCAGCGUUUGUCUUUAAGUUUUUGUGUGUGUGUGUGUGUGUGUGUGUGUGUGUGUGUGUGUGUGUGUGUGUGUGUGUGUGUGUGUUUGUCUGACCUCUCUCUGUCUGUAGCUGUCUGUCUGAUAAUUCAGACUUUUGCCACGUUCAUUCCUGCGCGUGACUUUGAGCAGCAGCUAGCUCAGGUUGUGUUGAAGUUAGCUGCCUUUGCAAACAUGAACACGCUGGUGACUAAAUUAGACCACAUGUGGAUUAGUUUAACCCUGAGGCAGCCCUGGGUACCAGCUACGGCAUCUUCCAAGGUGCAGCUCUCCACACUCCCUCCAGAACCUGUCAUCCCCUCUAAGAAGCCUUUCAAAGUGGAGCUGGUUGGUGGAAAGCGUUACUCAUGGUGCACCUGUGGACACAGUAAAAAACAGCCUUUCUGCGAUGGAGCCCACAAGGUCAAAGCCCAAGGCCUGUCCCCGCUACGCUUUGUCCCAGAGAAAGACACCACAGUUUGGUUGUGUGGAUGCAAAUACACCAACAACCCACCUUACUGUGAUGGCACGCACAAGCAGGACUUCAUCGUGUCUGCCACAUUACAUGAAGAAACCGACUCUUAAACAAGGAUCAUUGCCAAAUGAUUUUUGUUUUGGGUGACAAACCUCCAGGUCAGUGCUCUCCAUGAACACAGCACACACACCGUGGCUGACCACGUCAGGAACAUCAACGCACAACUCCUCCUUGUUUUAUAUAGUGAAUACAAUGUUGCAUCAACAUCAGAGUUGGUAAUAUGUUGGUGUGCUGUGAGAUUUUGCCACACUUCAUUCUCAGGUAGCUGUCCCUUUAGUGUACCUGGUUGCAUUAAGCCAUUGUGGACAAUGUGGACAAAUGUUUAUAUGUAUUUCUUUAGUUAAAUUAAAAAUGAUACAGUAUAUACACUGAGCUGCAGAUUAGGUAGACCUAUCAGUAAAUAUCAGCUACUGUAAGCAACCAGUAAAUGUUUCUGUCAUCUUUAGUUAACAGCACUGACGCUGUUAGUCAGUAGUUUGCGUUGGUGUUGAAAUGAACUGCUGAACUGAGAGAAUAUGUAGGGAGCACUCUAUCAUUGAAAAGGUUAACAUAGUUCAUGUUAACAUCAGGAUUCAAAGUAGUCACUUUACCUGGUUGCACUUCUUCUUUCCUUGGUUUCUACACUCAGCUGUUUUGGCACCUGCUUUCUGGAUCAUUUCAUACACUGAAGUCUCAGUAAAUGAUCAGAACCUCCUCUAACAGAUGCUGAAAAUGUGAUAUUAUGUAGAGAUGGUUGCUUGAAUUUUGGUGAAAAACAUUUUUCUGGUUCACACUUGAACGUGUGAACCAGGGUUGGUCCUUGGUCUUUCUGGUCAUGUGUAUCAUCCACCUGGUGGCUUUCUAAGACUGUGAAAGUUCUGUCUUGAGUAGACAUAUAUCUUAAAUAUAUAAAUGUAAAAAUAAAAAAUUUAAACAACUUUUUAACGCUGCCUCUUCUUAGACAGUAACGCCUGGGGAUGUGGGACUUAUUUAAACCUGUGUAGAAGUUAAUGAGGGAAUCAUAAACAGGACAGUCAGGUCAGAAAAACCUAGUAAGUAAACAUUUUAUUGACCUA